UUCACACUUUGACAUCUCGACACCUUGCAGCUAGCUAGAUAGCUAGCUAGCUAGCUAGGCAGUUGCAGAGAUUGCCACAAUUAUUUACUGUACACCUCCACUCUGCGGCGAUAGCGGGCGGGCAUGCCGCAAUGUCCGCUCAUGUUGUUGUGAAACACGGGUGCAACACGAUCACCGAUCCAAUGGACUCGAUGUCGGUCGCUCAAUCAUCAAUCACUUGAACUCGUCGAUUUCAUCCUCGCCAUCAAUCAUCUCUUCACUCUGCUUCAUCAACGCCGCAUUCCGCAUCUACGACAUUAAGACAUUAACGCGCUUUUAAGUCUUAGAAUGCGCACUCCUACAUUCCGCACACUUCUCUGACUGGGCGCGUCCGCACUGUCCAUUCUUAUCAUCUCGUCAUGUCCGUCCCUACCUUCCGCAGUGGCGUGCGGUCCACUGGACUGCGAAAGCUCAAAUCGACUCCUUCAUCUGCAGCCAUGUCGCUUGAGGACGAAACGCAGCAACCACCAGUGGCAGGGUCGUCGCAAACGUCGGCGGCGCACAUGAGCGCCGCCAUCUUCGAGCAAUUUCAGCAACAGUACGCAUCAAGCGUUCCAAGCGGGCCGAGUGCCGCCCCUACCCCUCGCGCCACGCCCAUCAUUCCCCAUCCGCCGCUCGUCGCACCUUCCUCCGAUCUCACCCAGGAGCCCGAGUCGGAUGGCAGCAUCGCAUGGGAAAGCAAUACAGCUCCCAUACCACCUAGCUCGUCUCUCCGUCGCUCCUCUCUGGGUCAUAUCGAGGAGGAGCCUCAGCCCCAGGCCAGCGAGAUCAACGACGGGGGAAGUAGUGGCGGGUCUGACAUCUCCACGCCUCCGAACUCAAAUCCUGAGGCGGCCAGCACACCGACUCGCGCCUCGAAACGCUCACUUGUCGCGCCCCUCCGUCCCAUUACCCAGUCGGUGCCAGGCGGCAUCACAUCAUCUACUCGCCAGCUUAUAUCUCCAUCCCGACACGCGACCAUGUUAACCACACCCGCCAAGACCACACAACCUUUACGUCUUUCGCCGACCAACAAGCUCACUGAUCGCCCAACUCCGUCCCUCACGAAGGUCGGCAGCCCGUCAUCGUCUGCUCGCCCCCCUCCCUCACCCUCGCCCUCACCCUCGCCCACUCCUCUCACCCGCCCAAUUGGUAACUUUCGCACUGCUCAAAAUCGCUCCCCCUCGCCGGAUGAAAGUAGUGACUUUGCAGACGACAUGCUGCCGACCCGCCCCCUCAAGCCUCGCGAACGUUUUGAAACCACGAUGAGGGCGACAUCGCUGUCCCCGAAGCAGACUUUCUCAGCUGAAGGCGAUCCGGCCUGUUACACAGAGGAACCGACUUUCCUCAACGAGGACGAUCAUAAUGUGACACAGGAGGCCGGCAGUGAUAAGCACAGCGGGACCGGUAAAACCAAUCAGAAUGCUGGGGAGGUCGCUGAGGAUAGUAACUCCGCAGUCCUCCAGGUAUACCCCAGCGCGACGGCGGAGCAGCCCAACAGCUCCAGCCCUCUUCCCACAGCCCCGAGGCUCUUUGCUGCUGGUCAAGGAUCCGGCAUCAGUCAGACUCAGUUGAACACUGUCAUCUCGGAAGGCUCCCAGACACAGCUCAACUCUGACGAUCGACCGCCACCGUCCUCACCCGUCCCACGCGGUCACUUUGCGAGCAUCAACGCACGGUCAGCAGCAGUGCCCUCUUCGCUUGAGCUAUGGGAGGAGAGCAUGCCCGACGACGAGGAUAUUGGUGCGCCAGGCCAGAUGUCUCCGCAACAUGAGACAUUUGUCGCAACGCAGGUCAAAUCUCUCCCUCCCUCCACAUCAUCACCAUUCAGGCAGCUUUCCGGUGCGGUUCCUUCCUCGUCUCCUUUGGCCGAGAGUAGAGGCAACUGUGCGAGGAGCACAACCGCUACGAGUCGCGACUCGACUGACAUGCCUCGUGAACUCGAUGGCGAGCUAGAGCCUACCUUCGUGGACGCCGGAGGCCAUGUCUCUGACGGGUCACUUCCAGCAGCAGCCAGUGACCCUUUUCCCCCAAUCCUUCCUCCUUCAAGCGUUGAGCGACCCCGUCGAUCAGCACGCGCAGCUGCCAGCACAUCCGUGAUUCCUGCUCCACAGCCGGCCCCGAUCAAUCAUUGCAGGACUCAAGAAGAAACAGCGACAACAAUGUUGACCCCAACAAAGAAGCGCCCGCUGGAGCCGGAAAGUUCAAAAGAAUCGUUGCUCCCCGCACAGCGGCCGCGCCGUAGCCCCUACAAGUACGGCAAGCGUUAUAAUCGCCCAUCGGCCAUCCCAUCAUCUCGCGUUCACGUACCUCACCAACUGCAAGCAUCUGAAGGACCACUUCCAACUCCGCUGUCGCACCCUGAAGGUGGCAGCCCGCCUUCUCAUGGCGGAUCUGGAACGCAGGAAGCAUCAGCCUCCGCAGCCAGUGCCGAUGACGCCUCGCGACCGGAUUCAUCGUCCGCUCCGCGAGCUGAGCCUUUUUCUUCCAUGCGUACCUCAUCGACCUCAAGCAGCUCGGCCCCCGAUGAUCCCGAUGACACAACCUUUCCCGGCACACUUGAGCGCGAGGACCAGCAAUCGUUAGCAGGGGAACUCAUUACCUCCCUGCCGUCUUUACAACUAGGUGCUCCCAUCGCGCGCAGCAAGUCUACGCCUGUAGGCAUGCGACACACAACUGCAGUUCCAAAUGAGCGAGCGACAUCACGAGCUGGAAGCCGCCCCGUGCGUGACAAGCGUAAGACGCGCUCCUCAUCUCCCGAGUUCUCAGAGUCUAGCAGCUCAGCGCCGGAGGACGUGGAGGAUUCCACCUACCGCCCGGUUGAGGCUGCGGUCGGUCCCUCGAAGGGCAAAGCUAAGAGAGCGCCCGCAACGCCCCCAAAGCCCAAACUGAGCAAGCGGCCCAGAAAGGAAGCUGUGUCCACUUCUGUUCGUGCACCUCCACCCAAACCCAACAAGCGGACCCGGACGAUCGCCGCUGGGGCCCGACCCAGGUCCCUUCGGCCUGCAAGUUCGGCCUCGCGUACAAAAGGGGCUCAGGCUGUGGCUGCGCCGCCAGAUAUCCCGCCACUUCGCGUGCUCGCGCAGUGGCGUGACAGCACCGAUUUCUACGCUGGCACGGUCGUGGCCCGCGAUGCUAGUGGCCAUCACAUCAUGUUCGAUGAUGGCCACACGGAGUGUGUGGAAUUUGAACAGAUGCGGCUCCUCGAGCUGCGACCGGGCGAGCCAGUCUGCGAGAAAAACCCCAGUCACAUGUUCCACCUAGUGGAGCAGUACGAUGGACAAGGUGAUAUACGAGUUGUCAACGCCAACAACAAGGUGCACAGAAUCCAAAGCAAAUACCUCCUCGUUCUCGGCCUAGACAUCGUUCGCCGCUUCUCGAAUCGCCGGGUGCCUCGUGAGGAGCUUGACAAGCGCUUCCCCGACAGCAUUGCUGCCUUCGCUGGAAAGGUGUUCAUCGUGACAGGUUCUGAGGAGAAGGACGCUGUUGCCAAGAAAAUCCAACGGAACGGCGGUGUUGUUGCGAACGACUGGACAGACCUGUUUGACAUCACCGAAGACGGGCACGCGAUCAGUGCUCAAGGAACUCCCUACUUGGUGUCACUUGGACCCAAGCGCGCCGUGUCAUCUAAACUCAUGUCGUCGCUCGCUGCGGGCGUUCCGGUACUCUCGCCACGCUACGUCGAUGACUCUCUCAAAGGUCAUGUUGACUGGCGAGCAUAUCUUGUGUCACCAGGCGAAUCUGCCCUCCUGCGCGAACCAGCAGUCCAGGUGGUGGACACUGCAUGGGGGUCGGCGUCAUGGAAUCCGAAAACUGCACAGGCGGUGCGUCAGCCGCUUGCAGGGAGUAGCGUCCUUUGGAUCCCCGCACGCACGUCCUGGAAGGGACAUGAUGAAAUCAACACGCUGCUGCCGUUCUGCCUCCGAGCCAUGGGGGCGCGGGUGACGAUCACUGGGACUCUACCUGGUGACUUGGUCGCAGUCAAGCAUGACCUUGUUGUGGUCGAAGACCGGGACGGCCGUACCCUCACCAAAUCGCAGCGAGCGAGUGGCAAGCUCGUGAAUGUGGGAUGGCUCAAAGCCGUUCUCAUGGCUGGUGCGCGGCUGCCGCCCAGCAUUUUGCGGAACUAGACGAGGUCAGCAGCCAUGCUGCAUGUUUGUUUGUACGACUUGCUGUACAGUAUCUUCAUGUCAUCGAACUGUUGUGUGCGGCAGUAGUUCAACGUUCAAACAAAGCGGGACGAGGGGGAGAAGCGCGCUGACAUUCCCGCGGGCCGGGGUGGAGCGGACGCGUCUGCCGGCUGUCAGGAUCCCGAAGCGCGGACCGUCGUUUCGGACGAGAGCGGGACGGAGGGGCAAGCCGGGGGGAGGGUGGUGGGCGUAGUAACUGGGCUCUGGUGGUUGGCCCCCGUGACGAGGU